AUGGCGGCCCCAGGAAAUAUCGCCAUCGAUGAUCUCACUGGCCGGUGGAGCAUGAACCUUCAGCUAUCGGAAUCCUAUGACUCCAUCCUCAAGGUCCAGGGCGUUAACUGGCUUACCCGUAAGGUCCUCAACGUGGGCAACAUUACCAUGACCAUCAAGCAAUAUGCCGACAAGGCCGGCUUUACGCACCUCACCAUCGACUCCAAGAGUGGAUCCGGUGUACCAGGCUCUAUCGAAAACCGCCUUCUCAACAACGAGACCAGACACGCCAGCCACCCGUUAUUUGGUAAGAUUACAGGCUGCACAGCCCGGGUCAACCUAGCCGACCUUCCAUCCGCAUGGCUCGCGGAUGGCUGGGAGCAGGGCACUACCAGGGCCAUUAUCAUAACCACUGAGCACCUUGACAUCGACAGAGUUACUUAA